AUGGCCCACUUACAAAACAAUUCAAGCUCCUCAACUAGACGAUCACUCAGAUUAUUGACUGCCGAACGCAAAUCAACGACAAACGAAUCGAAUAUAGCAGAAGACGUUGAAGACGAACAACAACAACAACAACAUCAGCCACAAUCAUCCUCCUCAAUAAUAUCGACAACAACUCGACAAGCGAAAUCCAAAGCACUUGAAGCUCUUUCCAUUGGUAAUCAAAAACGUCGAAUCGAGUCCGAAUCCGAUUUGAACGAAGAUCAAGAAGAUAAUAAAAAACGCGCACCAUCAUCAUCGACACGGCAUGCGUCGAACGUUGUGAGACGUCGAAAACGAAGUGAACCUGUUACAAAUCCUCGAACUAGCAAGAGACAACGACAAUCAUCAUCUGACGAAGACGACGACGACGAAUAUCUUUCAAGUCGAUCAAAAUCCAAGAGAAAUUCUGCACCUGUCUUAUCCCAUAAUCAUCGACGAAAAAAGAGCGAUUCUGAACAACAAAGUGAAGGUACAGACACGGGGAACUUUUGUGUUAGACGACAAGCAGGCGGCCGAGAACUUAAUACAGUUGUAAGUGAUCCUUCAACCAGUCAUCAUCGACGAUCACGUCGCUAUACAAGAAAGUCUUAUAUUGAUUAUUUGACAACGGGUCAAUCUUCCUCUAGUCGUUCAUCGGUGCCUGUCACCAAUACCGCCGGCACUGAUAAUCAAUCGUGUGAUACGCAUAACACCGGUGGAACAUCAUCGAAUAAUCCAAUAAGCUUCUUCAAUUCCUCUACGUAUCAUCAACAAAACUCUUCGUCUCCUCCGCCAUCAACAUCAUCAGCUCAAUCUUAUUCUGGUCUUGUCCCAACCACAUCCUAUACUUCUCCACUUGUUGCCAGUGCCCAUCGAAAUACGAAACAAACCUUGCAAAUGUCUACUGAAAGUGAUACUGAUCCUGAUAACAGCCCAACAGCACGUGAUAUUUUGUCUGAUCCGAGUUUUAUUCGUGCUGCUACGAGUGGUGCUAGUGGUUCGGCGAGUGCAGCACUUUUUCAUACACUAUCAGGUCGUGUACAACAUUUAAUGAGUAGAGUGGGAGGCGGAAGUUCCAUAAAUGGACGUUUACAACAAUACAUUCAAGGCAUUCAAUCACCAGAUCCUGAUGUAAAAUUGACUACACUGAAUGAACUUUGUUCCCUUUUGGUGAUGAGUAAUGAAGAUACAUUGCCUGGAUUUCAAUUUCGUGCACUUUAUCCACCAUUACGUGAUUGUUUAGCAGACGAAAAUGAAGCCAAUGCUGAAAUUGCUCUAACAGCAUGUCGAGCUUUAACCUAUCUUAUGGAAGCAUUACCUCGUUCAGCUAUGCAGGUCGUUGAAGCAACACCGUUGUUUUUAAGCAAAUUGAGAAGCAUUACAUCAAUUGAUACUGCCGAACAAUCCUUAACAGCUUUAGAAAUGAUUUCAAAACGAAAUGCUAAACAAAUUCUUGUUUCUGAUGGUAUUGGUGCUUGUCUUGAAUAUAUCGAUUUCUUCUCCAUCACGUCUCAACACAAAGCUCUAGCUAUCGUUGCUAAUUGCUGUACACAUAUAUUAACAAGAAAUGACUUCAAAUACAUUCAAGAACACUUAGUCAAUUUAUCGAAUCGUUUACGGUCGGAUGAUAAGAAAACAACCGAACAUAUUUGUUCGAUCUUUUCACGUCUAGUUGAAAAUCUACAUUACGACUCAGCCAUACUCUGCGAAAUAGCAUCCAACGAUUUAUUAAAAACAUUACAAACGAUGAUUGUUGUGCAGCCAUCUUUACUGAAUAGUGCGACCUUUGUUGGUAUCAUUCGUAUGCUACAUAUUUUCUCUGCUUAUUGUCCUACACUUGCAAUCACAUUAUUGAAAAUGAAUAUUAUGGAAACAUUAAUAUGUCUACUGACCGGUUCAGCAGAAGGAAAGUCGUCGCCCAGAAAAUCGAUUACUUAUAAAUCAGCAGCUCUGCCAAUGAAUGAAACAAUGGCAAGUAUAGCAUCUAUUCAACAAGCAAAUAAUGUCGAACUUCUAUCUCGUACACCACAAGAAACCUAUGAAAUUGUCUCCCUAAUUGGAGAAAUGUUACCGAGAUUGCCCGCUGAUGACGUAUUGUUUCAAGUUGAUCAAUUAUUUCAAGGUAGAAGAGGUUUCGAUGGAAAUUCUCAAGGUUGUAUUUUAUGGCAUUGGCAAGAUGAUCAAGGUCAAUUACGUUCGUAUACAUUUCAAGAUUCACAAACAAUCGAACAAGCUUGGCAACAACAUGAAGAAGAAGUUCAAUUAGUAAUUGAAGGUCGCCAUUACUUACUUGAUUUACAACAAUUACAACAAAUCAAUGAAGAAACUAAUCAAGCACGUUUUAUUAAACGUGUUAUUACACCGAAUUCUCCUGAUCCCAUUCAACCACCUUCACCAUCGCCCUCACUCUCGACGGAUGAAGUUCCAAAUCCUUUGCCGACAACGACAGCAUCAACAGAUCCCGUCGAUCCUCGUCUUGUAGCAUUGAAAGAAAAUCCCGAACUAUAUAAUACAUUCGUUCAAUCAUUAUUCACGAUUCUUUACGAAGUUUACAACACAUCGGCUGGUCCAGCAGUGAAACAUCGAUGUUUGCAAUCACUACUUCGUAUGAUAUAUUACUCCUCAUCUGACUUACUUGAAACGAUCUUGAGACAACAAUCGAUCUCGUCGCAUAUUGCCUCGAUGCUCGCAUCAUCGGAUUAUAAAAUAGUCAUUAGUGCAUUACAAAUAUCAGAAAUUCUCAUGAAAAAGCUACCUGAGAUCUUUUCAGUUUACUUCUAUCGAGAAGGUGUCGUUCAUCAAAUCGAGAUUCUCAUUGGCUUUGGCGUUACAUCGUCGUCCAAUCUGUCGAGCUCGCGUGCAAUCACUACUAAUCCAACCACGAUAGCAACACAUAGCGAACUUGAUCUUCCACAUACGGAUGACAGUCCUCUGGCACCAAUCAUUCCUGCACUUAGUGAAUCUUUCGAUGAUCCACAGAUGCACUCAUACAGUAAUGAUCCUCCACCAACGCAUCGUGGUGCCGCUGUACAUCUUCACCCGAAAACACAUUCAUUUCCAUACCGUGGUAGCGGAUCUUCUCGUCGUUCUCAAAUGGAACCCAAUACAACUAAAAUUGAAACACGUUCACAACGUGGUGGUCGAGCUCCUCAGCCAUCAUCCAAUUCCCGUAUUAAACCAUCCACACGUUCAGUAUAUGAAGAAGUCGCCUCAUCACUCUCCAUUGAUCCAUCAUCGAUCCGCGUCCGCCCAUCACGUGGAGGCCCGAGUUCAGGGCUUUUUCGCCCAGCAACUACUGUUGAUCCUUCAUCAUAUUUUACACUAUCAAUGAAUAAUGUUCUUCGUCCAAGUACGCCUAUAUAUGUGCCUUCAACUUACGGGCAUCAUUCGCCAUAUGGAUAUGCAUCAAGUGCACCAGCUGCUGCAUCAUCAUUAUUAGCAUCGGCGAAUAUGCCGCGAUCGAUGUUCCAUCAACAAUCUACCCAAGUCACAUUGUCAUCCCGAGACAAAACGAAACUCAAAGAAUGGGUUCAAAAUCAAGCGAAGAUCUUCCGUAACACAUACUUCUCUAAUAAUUCAUCAACAUCAAACAUUGCACUACAAAUCAUCAAUCGUCUAGCUUCUGCUGUCGAUAUCUUACACGUUGGCAAAGAACAUGCAGAAAAUUCAAAAGCAUUACGUGAUAUGGCCAAUAUCAUCGCUAAAGGUGAUGUGACACCUUUUGAAAUGGUACACAGUGGUUUAAUAACAAAACUAUAUCAAUAUUUAACUGAUGAUAUAUCCUUACCAAACGAUCGAUUAGAACGAUUAAAACUAUUCUUGCACGUAUUUAUGAAUGUUCCACAAGAAAACGAUGAUGAUAAAGAUUUGAGACAUUUCAUUAUCGAACUUCAUCGUACACAGAUGAACACUUACAACAAAAACAAUCAGAAUAUUUUAAGCUCCCUCAUUAGUAAAUUACAUGGAUGUAUUAAUCAAUUAGAACAAUUUCCCAUACGCGUGAAUGAUACUGCCGGUCAAUCUUCGCAUAACUCAGCUCUUCGUUUAAUAUCAACUCAUCAACUUAAAUGCAAUCUUGUUCGAUAUCCGCAAUGUAAAACACUAAAACAAUGGCAUACUGGCCCGGUGAAAAUUGAUCCAUUUGCACUUGUAUCAGCAAUUGAGAAGUAUCUUCUUUUACGUGGUGUCACUAACAAUACACCGGAUGAUCCAUUGGGUAAUAUGGAAGAUGAUGACGAUGACGAUGACGAUGAUGAUGACGACGAUGAAAGUGAAGUGUCAAAUGAAUCGGAUGCUGAAGAUGUGAUCAACGUGCUUGCCAAUUCAUCGGCUAUGCGACUUGAGUUUUUGAUCAACGAUCACCUCAUUCCACACAAUAUGACUUUGUAUCAAGCUAUACGAACGUACGGUGCCACAGCACAAAGAACAACUGAUGGCGAAUCCGAAACAGACGUUGAUGAAUCCGUAUUCUCUUCAGUUUCUAUUUGGACACGUGUACAUACGAUUCAUUAUCGUCAAUCGACGAGUACAUCAUCGACUGUACCUGCGAUCAGUACAGAAAUCGGUGCUGCUAGUCAUACGACAACGUCAAAUCGUUUGCGACAAACAACGGACUCGACAACACAAAGGUCUUCCAAGAAAUCAGCCAAAGCACCAAAACGUUCGUCUGCUCCGUCAGUGGUAGAUGAAUUAUGGAUCAAUGGGCAAUGUUCAAAGAGUAAAUCAUUGUUAAUAAAAAAUCUAAAUGAAUCCAUCUCUUCCGUCUUAACCAUCAACGAUCUAUCACUAAAUGCAAUAUCGUUAUUACAUAUAUUAAAUAGUUUAAAUCUGUAUUGGUACGAUCUUUAUUUUGAUACGAAUGCCAUGUUAAGUCAUCAAAAUUCAACGUUAACAUUAAUAUCGAAGAAUGAAUAUUUAUCAUCGAAACUAACAUCAAAAGUCAAUCGACAAUUACAAGAUCCGGUGGUAAUCAUGAUGGGACAUAUACCAUCAUGGAUAACUGAAAUGGGCUACACAUGUUCGUUUUUAUUUCCAUUCGAAACUCGCCAAAUGAUUUUCUAUCCAUGCGCUUUUGAUCGCGAACGUGCGAUGCAAAGACUUUUAGAAAGUUCAGAUAUGUUAACUCAGCAACAUCAUAAUGAUCAAACCGAUCGACAAUCUGUUGUGCCCAGAAUUGAAAGAAAGAAAGUACAAUUAUCCAGAGGAAAUAUUCUUGCUGAAAUGGAAAAGAUUCUUGAUAAUUGGAAUUCAAAGCACUUCUUAGAAGUUCAAUACGAAGAUGAAGUUGGCUUUGGUCUUGGACCUACACUGGAAGCAUAUUCGUUGUUAUCGAAAGAAUUACAAAAGAAUGGACUGGAAUUAUGGCGGACUGAUAAAUUUUUUGAUUCAAAUAAAGAGAAAGAUACUACAAUACCUGAAUACGUUGAUGUUCAUCACGGUCUCUAUCCAGCACCGCUUGGUCGCAAUGCAAAAGCAGGUGUAGUGACUAAGGUGCGUCAAAAAUUCAAAUUUCUGGGCAAACUCAUGGGCAAAGCAUUGUUGGACUCGAGAAUGAUUGACAUGCCAUUCAGUGUUGUUUUCUACAAAUGGAUGUUAGGGGAAGAAGAAAGUAUGAAUCUUGAAGAUUUAGUUCAUGUUGAUACAAACUUGUACGAACAAUUAAAAAAAUUACAAACCAUUGUCCAUCACCGUGAUAAACUAAUGGCACAAAAUCAAAUGGCAAAUCAGCAAACCACCACAAACAAAGCGAAUAAUAAGAAGCGUUUGAAAUGCAAAGAUGAUUCACAAUUGGAAACAACUUCUUAUUCGACAGUAUUCGAUGAAAAUGAUGAAAGACUACUUCUCGAUGGAUGUAAGAUUGAUGAUUUAUCAUUGGUCUUUACACUACCUGGCCAUCCUAAUAUUGAAUUGCGAAAAGGCGGAAAAGAUUGUUUAGUAUCUAUUCAAAAUCUGGAUCAAUAUGUUAAUUUGGUUGUUUAUUGGACAUUGGUAGAAGGUGUUCGACGACAAUUCGAAUCAUUUCGCGAUGGAUUUAAUUCGAUAUUUUCGAUCCAACAUUUGAAAUGUUUUUAUCCUGAUGAACUUCAUCAAGUCUUCUGUGGUAGCGGUUCAACAGAACUGUGGGAUCUUAAAGUUUUACUUGAAUCAACACGUUGUGAUCAUGGAUAUAAUUUGAACAGUCGAGCUGUCAAGUGGCUUUUCGAUAUCAUGAUUAACUUUGAUAUUGAUGAACAAAGAGCAUUUUUACAGUUUAUUACUGGUAGUCCACGAUUGCCAGUCGGAGGCUUUCGAAUGUUACAUCCUCCAUUGACAAUCGUCAGAAAAACAGCUGAAAACAAUAGCGAUAAUAUCGACGCGGACUCGUUCUUACCAAGUGUCAUGACCUGUGUUAACUAUCUCAAAUUGCCGGACUACUCAUCGAAAGAAAUAAUGAAAGUGAAAUUAACAACAGCAAUCCGAGAUGGUCAAUAUGCAUUUCUAUUAUCUUGA